UUCCUGCUGGGCACAAACGUCCCCCGCGUCUGUGCGCAGUGCCAGGGUCUUUCCUGUCCGCGCCGGACUGGAGAGCUGCUGUUUUUCAGCUUCCUCUCGGAGCAGAGCUGGAGGGAGGCCGAGGGAACGGAUGUGAAAUCUAGCUCAGAUGUGGAGAAGGAGAGAGAACAGCGCACACAGCUCAGCAAAGAGGAGAUCCGGCAGAAGAUCGAACUCUACAACGCCUCGGUCACGGACCAUCUGAAAAUGACCUUGAACGCCAGCGGCCUGUAUACGGGGUUCAUCAAGGUGCAGAUGGAGCUGAAGAGGCCCAUCACCGUGCGGGCGCCCAGGGGCGGUAGGGAGGAGGCCUUCUUCCUGCCCAGGGGCUCCACCAACACGCUGCACAUCAGCAGCGCCAACACCGCGCAGGAGGUGAUCGAGGCCCUGCUCAGCAAGUUCCUGGUGGCUGACAACCCCGCCAAGUUCGCCCUUUUCAAGUGCUGCCACAAGGAGGACCAAGUGUACGUGUGCAAGCUGUCCGACGGAGAGCACCCCCUGUACCUGCGGCUCCUGGCCGGCCCCAACACGGAGGCCCUGAGCUUCGUGCUGCGAGAGCAGCAGACCGGGGAAGUUAUGUGGGACGCCUUUUCCAUUCCAGAGCUGCAGAACUUCCUGCGGAUCCUGGACAAGGAGGAGGCCGACUACGUCCGACUCCUGACGCAGCGCUAUCGCACCUACCGGCAGAAGCUGGAAGAGGCCCUCCGAGCCGAGGGGAAGCCGGGCUAGCAGCGGAAGGCGCCGGAAGGCCAAAAUUCCCGGCAGGGUCCCGUUAGCGACGGAUGGACUUGCUGCUUCCUUAAUAGAGGGGGGGGAGGGGGGUAAUUUUGGGGGGUGCCUGGGGUGUCACGAACUCUGACCCCGUGACCCACAAUCGCAGGUACCCCUCCUCCCCGCCGGCUCGCCCUGUCCCCGGUGUUGACCGAUGGCUGCAAGCUUCACUUGAGGGACUGUCCUCGUCUGCAGCACUCUUCCUUGCCUGUCUGCCUGCCUCGCGCGGAGUCGUUUUUUUUAUUUUGGAGGGGCCCCUCCCCAUGUGCCACAUGUUAACGGUCACGGGGGUUGGGGGGGGGGGCGAGCCGGGAGCGUGUUUUUAAUUUAAUUUGAGAACGACGUAGCGGUCUGUAAAUAUUUUCGGUUUGAUGAUUAUUUUUUAUUUAUAGGGUGGAAGCUUUAUGGGUUUCAGAGACGCAAAAGCGGGGCUUAACCUUUUAAAGGCGGAGGGGGAACAAACUUCCAGGUCUGGGAAGAUGCAGUUAUUAGUUAAACUAAUUGAAGAGCAAUAACAGCACCCAGAGAGCCCGACAAUCACGUGUCAGAAAACCCGUCUGCCUGCCUGCGCCAAUAGGGCUCCCUUGUCGGACGGGAUCUGGACUCUUUUUCGGAAACCCUUUGGGGUUCCUCCGUCUCUGCGUUUUUUAUUGUGCCUGGUGUCCGUUCAGCGGCGGGAGAUGGGGUGGUGGUGGGAAAACGAGGAUAUCUUUCAGGGUGGGAGCACUGGAGUAGGCACCUGGCUAGCGGAGUUUAGGUCUAUCUCAGCUGGAGCUCCAAACUCUGACAUCUGUCACUAGUCCACAUAACCCUGUGCCUGUCGACCGCCUUGGAGAAUGGUUUAGGGUGGUGGUAGGGCAGUGGUUCCCAGUCCUCUUCCUGGAUUUUUCAGGUGGUAAUAAAGCAGCACAGCCACAGUAAAGCAACUGCCAGCGAGCCCUUUUAACAGAAGAUAUACUGUACAGGACAACAUUGGUGACCUAGAAAACCAGCCUGACACAAAGAAUGUACAAACAUUCAUAUGUGGAUUGUGAAAACAGUUUAAGACAAAGGCCUGCACGAACAGUGGCUCGGUCGAUUCCCAUUCUCUCAGUUGUUUAGACUGACUUGUUUCUUCCGUCAGGCCUGAGAGUCAAGAAUCCCCGACUCUGAUCAGAUUGGUUCCAGCUCCCGUCUGUGCACAGAACUUUUAUACAGCCUCGUCUCGGCUUGAUAGCUCUUAAAUCUGUCUAAACAGCUGCUUCUGGUGUUUCUAGAAGUGUUUCUAGUGAUCAGUGGACG